CGCCAGGGCGGUGUUUGCGUGGCAAUAUACUAAAUCAGCACUUCAGUUUCAUUUUUCAAUGUAGGUCAGACAAGGGAGCCAUUUUAAAAGAAGCUGUGUUCAGACGCUACUUCCUGUUUGUUUCUGAUUGGUUACUGUCAGGAGUGAGGCAGGUUCUCAGGCCAGAUCAGGAAGGGAGGCUGCAGCAAAUCCCAUUCUUCAAGCACAUUUAGUCCAGAGUUACCCCAGAAAUGCUUGAUGAAAAAUGCACAGGGACUUGGCAAUAUGUAUAUGUAACUUCUGGGUCACCUACUUCAAGGAGGAACUUGGAGCAAGACUCACAGAAGCUGAUCCAGGAUUUCUUAAGUGUUGGUAAAGAGUCACCCGAAUACCUUAACCAUGUGUCCAAACAAGUAGACAAAUACAGACACCAGACUGUUCCUCUGAAGAAGCCAACAGAGUAUCCACUGAGAAUUGGGGGGCUAAAUGACACAAUCUAUGAAGAAAGGGAGGACGAGCUUGAAGCAUGGGAAAACUUCUACAUGCCUGACCGAGUGGAGAUGAAAGUUAUCGGUGCCAUUGAUACCUUCCCGAGUCUGGCUGUGGGGCUGCAGCUGAUCAUUCUGGCAGGCAAAGAUGGCAACGUCUAUGCUUAUGAAAAUGAGGUGUUGCACCAAGUGGCUGACAGCUUGCAGGACCUCUUUGAAAAUGGACUUUCCUUUCCUGGAACCAAAAUCUACAACUAUGGGGAAUGUUUUGAGCCAAUGACUGAUGAUGAAUACAGUGAGUUAAUGCAGAGUGAAGAAGUAAAGAAAAUGGAAGAUGAGACCAGGGAAUUCAUCCAAAGCAAUGAAGAUGAAUUUCUGAGGAUACUGGCCUGCAUUGAAGAAAAAGAGAAUGCAGAAAAGGUUGUGUCCAACAAAGUUGUACCUUAUAACAACCACAGCAAGCAUGCACAACAAUUGACCAUCAGUAAUUUAACUGAUUACAAUUAUAAUGCAGUUCUAGAUAUUUUGACUUGGGCCACCCAGCAACAAUUGCUGACAUUUGAAGAUGUGAUCAGUUUCUUAAUUCGUGAAAAGCUGCAGGAGUUAGUAUUAUGGGCAGACAGAGAAUAUGAGCUGAGCAGAGCGGUGAAAAAAAUCCUCUUAUUGUUCAGAAUAUCCCCCACUCCGCUGCUUGCGAUUCAGGCUCCCUCCCCCACUCCACACAAAAUAGGCACAAAGAAAAUAGUUGGGGGGGGGGGGGGGAACGGCUGUUUUACCAAAUACCGAUGAAAAGAUGUAAUGUACGUUAAGAAAGGAGUACUAUGGCGUCUUCCUUAUAAUCCAAUAGCUUGACCCCAACUAAAAACAAAUUCCCAGCUAUGAUCAGCAAAGAAAGAAGUCUACAUGAAGUGCUCAGAGAGAUUAUCUAAUAAUAUUCUAAAAUGCGUUCUUGCUAUUGAUUGGUACUAAAAAAAAUGCAUAAAUUCAAAAUAAAGUAAAAGUUAGGGAAUAUCAUCUUGCAAUUAACAGGUUUUAAACUGGUUCGUACAAUGUCAUGUAUGGUGUAUUCACCAAUUUCAAACUUGACAUAUGAUUUGUAUCGAAUUAUGUUUGUACUGAGCUUGUUUGUAUCUGAAUAUCUUAUAAGGAGCUGUGUAUGAACUAUGCUUGAGUGCAGAAAAUAUAAACUAUGUACACAGCACUUUAUAAAUAAAAUAUAAAUAAUAAUACACUAGAGCUAAAUUU